ACCGAAAAUAAAUAACGCUUUGUUUAAGAAUUAUUGAAACAGUUUCCGGGGUACCGCCCUCACCAUAAAUCAGUCUUUGACCAUUUAGGGAGGGGCCUUGUAGCGCUCGCAGUCGCCCGUACAAAGCACACGAAACUAACAAACACACGAAACCGCUAGCUCAAAGUCUGCCUUUUCGCCCAACUUUCAGACCUUGCUGCAGACCUUUAAAAUUUUCAAGCUACGCCGCUAGUCUUGCUAGUUAGUGUAUUUUAGCGUUUGAUUUUUUAUUCGAUACUUUGAUACAACUUUUUACAGUAUAUUAAUAGUUUCAUAUUUUUAAAGUAAAAAAUGUUCGUUUUUCUGUAUGUAUUAUUCUGCAUGCCAUGCCUGUUCUUCAAAGUGCACUUUUGAUAGAAAAUAGUCACUAUGAAAUCUUAUUUGCUCAUCACGCUGACAGUUUUUAAAGUUGAGGCUAGAGAUACAUUAUUAACUGGGAUUUUUAAACAGCCCUGUGCAAAUGCUACAUACUGCAAACAACUGUAACUAUGUACUGUUUCAUCGUAAUGUUUAACUAGAGAUAAAAGUUUUUGUUAAUUAUAAUUCAGCCAUGUUUAAUGGAUGACAUCGUUUAUUUGCCCUAAUAAUGUCAUUAGCUUUUUAUUUCACAUUAAAUGUAUAUAGGAAAAAAUAAACAUCCCUAAUAGAUUCUAAUUAUGUUUGAGUAACCCCGUGGGCUGCAGCCUUCCCAUCCUACAUAUAUUCAGUGCAAGGUUUUAUUCAUUUAUCAAUCGAUUCUUAAUACAAUAUCAUGCGAUUUUAUAUCAAAGGUUGUGUAGAAAACGGCUGAUAAGCCCGUUAUUCAGAGGAGAGAACUUUGUUCUCACUUCCUUUCGACCGAUACUUCACCUCGGAACAAAUGUUGCUGUUGUUGUUCAAAGUAGGUGAGGGACAGGACAGUGGGUCCUUGGACCUGCGAAGGUAUGAAUGUCAAUCGUCUGUUUUUAGGCGUUGCAAAAGCACAAAUCGCCCUGAUAGAUUUGUAGGAUUUGUUACAGAAAUGGAAAAAAUUUCAGGUGAUACCAUUCACAAUAUUCUUGAUCACUUUGGAAAGCGACAAGAUGAGCUAUUGGAUCAUCCUUUGCAAGGAGAUGAGACUGUCAUCUUUGGGGAUUCAUUGCUAGUCAAUUUCCAGUCAGAUAAGCAAGAAACAUCAAAUUUGAACAAAGAAGACUUUGACAAUACCCUCCAAGACCCAUAUGGUGAAUCUUCAUUGCUCAACACAUCCCAACAAACAUUUCUUCACUGUUUUAUGCAGCAAAUUCCAGGAGUUUUGAAUAUUUCUCCUUUGCAGAGACACAUGGCAUGAUUUGUUUGAUGUCGAAGAUUAUCUCAUAGAGAUCAAGAAAAAGGCCUUGCAUGGGAGACUUGGACAUUCACCUUACCGAGGAGUUUGUUGGAAGUUGUUAUGGGAAUGUCUGCCAGAAGAUAGGGAGAAAUGGGUUGUCAUGACCAACAAACUGAGAGCUGAUUAUGAAGUCAUUCGGGAUAAGCAUCUUACAGACCCUUAUCAGUCAUCUGCCAUGGACCUUGCUGUCAACAAUCCUUUGUCACAAGAGGAGAAUAGUCCUUGGCACCAGUAUUUUCAAGAUGGCGAGCUAAGGAGUACUAUUUGUCAAGACUUGGAAAGACUCUAUCCAGAGAUGGAUUUCUUUAGGAAGAAGAAAGUGGAUGAAAUAAUCCUACGCUGCCUGUUUGUGUACGCAAAGGAGCAUCCAGAAAUUACGUAUAAGCAAGGAAUGCAUGAAGUUGUUGCACCUAUAGUGUAUGUUCUUUGGGAAAACGCACAGAAUGUUAGAGAGAGCAAAGAAGAUUUGCAGGAGGUAAUUUGCAUUGUUAAUGACCAUCGCCAUGUAGAGCAUGACACAUUCUGGUUGUUUAGUGAGAUAAUGGAUUCUGUAGAGCCGAUGUUUGUCAAUGCAAAACCGGUUUUAGAAGACGAUGGUAAUGGAAAGCAAAAGGUUGCAAAUGUGGAUGAUCUGUUUGUAGCUGCAUCUCCAAAUCAGCCGACGUCAGCUAUCUCAAAAAAACUUGUUAGGAUUCAGAAUUACAUGCUGAAGAGGUACGACCACGAAUUAUACUCAAGGCUGCAAGAACUCGAUAUUGCACCGCAGCUUUAUGGCAUUCGUUGGAUCCGAUUGCUAUUCGGAAGAGAAUACCCACUUCCUGGUCUCCUGUAUCUAUGGGAUGCUAUGUUUGCAGAUGGAAGGACACUUGAUCUUGCUGAUUUUGUUUUCAUUGCUAUGCUCAUGCAUAUUCGAAACUUUUUACUCAAAAAUGACUACACGGCAUGCCUUAUGCAACUAAUGAAAUACCCAGCUUCAGUGGAUGCAAAGAUGAUACUCCGUAAGGCGCUGGCAUUAAAAUCUUCGAAGCCUUCUUCCAUACCAAGUAAAAAGCAACUGAACAUGCAGAUGAACAGAACGAAAGCUCGAAAUGUAGACACAUCUCGACCUUUAAGUGAUUCACUCACAGAAGAACAAAAGUUUGCACAUGUCUUGGGCUCAAGCAAAAGACCCAUUGCUAAGUUGCAAGGGCAGAGUUCGAAAGCUCCUUCUAAGUCGUCCCAGUGGUAUGCUGACGCGUCUGACGAUACUGAUAACCAGAAAACAGCAACAACAACAAUAGGUGGAAAGAAGGAGACUUUCGUAGAAGAAGUAAAGCGAUCACAAAGAUUUGAAACUGACUCAACUGAAUACCGCGUUCAAACUGAUGAUUCUGAGAUCAAGCGUGGCGAGAGAUUGGCUCGAGCUCAAGUCUUAAAGUCAAGUAUGGUGUCUCAAAUAUCAAAUGUAUUUGGAAGACAUACCACUGGCCUGUCGAACGACGUUCUUUCGAAGUUUUCCUCUCGGAACAAGAACAAAGCCAAAGAGAGUAACGUCUCUCAACUUGAAGAGGAUCAUGAACGACUUCAACGACAAAUUUCGCAGCUGCAGUCAGACUUUGACAGGAUCCAAUCUUUGUGUCUAUUCUGUGCUGGGAAAAUGGAUUCUUACCUAGGAUUUAUUGACGCGAGUGUGGAUGAAUCAGUGGACAAUCAAAUUACCCAAUCUUGUGUUGCUGGCCUACAGAAGGUACGGGAUAUUUUAGCAAGAACAACCGAGAUUGAACCCUCUGCAGAAGCAUACGAGAGACAAUUUGCUUCCAUUGACAAACGUCUGUCCGCAGCUUUUUCUGAUCCAGUUAUAGCUCCAAACGAAAUUUCUACGAAAGCAUCGCAACCUUCAUUAAGGCACAAAGAGGACCACUUUGGAGAUGAUGAGAACACCCCAGAAACAAAUGAUAUGCUGAGUGACUCAGAAACAAGGCUGGUAAAUGAAAAAUCAAUUGGGCUCGAUUAUUUUGGCUACAAAGGUGAUAACGUGAAUACAAAUGAAGAUAUUAUUUCAAGUAACAAUUCUGAAAGUAACAUUAACGAGGGCCAGUCAAGUUCAUCAACAUCUUCAUCUACUCCAGAGCCAUGGAGCUAUUUAAAGCCGGAAGAUUCUCCUGGUGACUUUGAGAGGGAACUGCUCUCCAUAAAAGAUAGAUACGUGGCUAGUGCUCCUUCCCAGCCACAUGAAGAUUUAGGGACUGCUUUAGAGUAUGUCACAGUACACAAAGAUAGCGUCAUGUCGCAAUCAGGAACAAAUGACGAUCUGAAUGACUCAAUCGACCCCUUGUCGGCUCUAGAACAGCAUUUUAGUUAGAUAUCUGCAAUUUGCUUUUCAGAGAAAGCAAUAUUUGAAGAUGAUUGAUUCAAGAGCUUUUUUGUAUGUGGAUUAAACAGGAUUGUUGAUUUGUCCUCUAGGUGUUUAUAGGUAGGCCAUAUUCGAUUUCCAGACGUUAGAUUUUAAUGUUAUUAACGAUGAUAUUUGUAAAGUAGGUCGUACCAAAAAAAUAAUAAUAAGUUUAGGCACUGCCAAAGCUCUAAAAUAUUAGUACAUAAUUUAUGAAAAAAUUACUUCAAGGAAAAUUUGAAUUUUAACUUUUUCUCGUCGGGUAGAUCACAAUACCUUUUUCGAUAUUUGAAUCGCAUGCAAUUUGUUGUUUUAAUUUUGAAAAUUGGGAAUUAAUGACAAAUAAUGCUUGUCAAAAUUACAAUGUUUACAGAGUCAGGUUAUUUUCAAUUCGUGUCUGUCUUUCUCGCGCAAAGCAAACUCCAGGUUUUAGUUAUUUUUAUGGAGAUAUAUAACUGAUCUAUAAAAAAAGAAUGGAUCGAGCUUCUGUUGUGACGCGGGAAGAGGGGCCUCAGAACAGCCCGACAUAGGAGUGGAUAUUCACUACCACUCUAAUAACGCUUUCAUCUGCUUUUUCCGCUGUUUUUUCGCCAUUACACGCAUU